CAUGUUUCCCUCUUCAUACACCGCACUCUGUCUUCUUCUUCCCUCUCUCUCUCUCUCUCUCAUUUAUCUCUCCAUUUUGUUUGGAACUAUGGAUAAGGUUAAACUCGUAAAGAAUGGUGUUAUGAGAUUGCCACCUGGAUUCAGAUUUCAUCCCACUGAUGAAGAGCUUGUGGUUCAGUAUCUCAAGAGAAAAGUCUUGUGUUCUCCAUUACCAGCUUCCAUCAUUCCUGACUUUGAUGUUUGCAGAGCUGAUCCUUGGGACUUGCCCGGCAAUUUGGAGAAGGAGAGGUACUUCUUCAGCACAAGGGAAGCUAAGUACCCAAAUGGGAACCGGUCUAAUAGAGCAACGGGUUCGGGUUAUUGGAAAGCUACCGGUAUUGAUAAACGGGUAGUGACCUCUAGAGGAAAUCAAAUCGUUGGUUUGAAGAAAACACUCGUUUUCUACAAAGGCAAACCACCUCAUGGCUCAAGAACCGAUUGGAUCAUGCACGAAUAUCGUCUAUCUUCUUCCCCACCGAGUUCAAUGGGUCCUACUCAGAACUGGGUUCUUUGUCGUAUCUUCCUUAAAAAGAGAGCUGGUAACAAGAGCGACGACGACGACGGAGAUAACCGGAGUAUUAGAUAUGAUAAUGACCAAAUUGAAAUAAUUACCACGAACCAAACCGAAGAUAAAACUAAACCAAUCUUCUUCGACUUCAUGAGAAAAGAAAGGACCACAGACUUGAACCUUUUACCUAGCUCUCCUUCUUCCGACCACGCUUCAAGUGGACUCACGACGGAGCUCUUCUCUUCUGAUGAAGAGACCAGUAGUUGCAAUAGUUUCAGAAGAAAUCUUUAAUUUAAUAUUAAUGUUGACUAUCUUUAAUAACUGUUAUAAUAAUCAAUACUAUUAAAACAGAAGACCCUUUUUUGAGGUGUCCUUCUGUUUCAAUAGUAUUUACAAUUCUUUGCCACUAGAAUAUUUUAAAGCUAUGGUUUUCAUUUAA